AUGGGCAAGAAACGGAAGCUGUCGCAUCAGAAUGCGCCCAAUGCGCGUCCAAAGAAACUUAUUCACCAGAACAAAUCCGACCAGAAGAAACCGUCCAAUGGCCCCGCGAAGAAGGGCAAAGGCAAGCAACAGCAUCAGAGUGAUGAUGAGCCAACGAUACCCUUUGAGCCUCACCACCGCAUACUGCUUGUGGGCGAAGGCGAUUUGAGUUUCGCAGCGUCUAUCAUUAAGCAUCAUGGAUGUGCAAAUGUUACUGCUACGGUUCUGGAGAAGGAUGCAGAGGAAUUACUGUCCAAGUACCCCCACGUCGAGGACAACAUCGCCGUGAUUCGCGGUGAUGCUCCCAAGACCAACGAGGCCAACAGAGAAGACAAAGACACACCUGCCAAAGAAUCGGAAGCAGGCGAAACUAGCCAAGGUAACCAGAACGAGGGCGAGGACACCAAUGGCGAAAGCGACAGCGAGGAAGAUGACUACUACGACUCAGACGACCCCGAUGCACCACCAAGACCUAAGCGAAAACUCACUCCCAACAACAAGCUCCUCUACAACAUCGACGCUACUAAGCUUCCUAAUUCACUCAUACGCGCUCGAUUCGACCGCAUCGUAUUCAAUUUCCCUCACGUUGGCGGAAAGUCCACUGACGUGAAUCGCCAAGUUCGCCAUAACCAGUCCCUUCUCGUUUCCUUCUUCGAGCGCGCCAUUCCAGCGCUUGCGCCCGACGCUGCCAUUGUCAUCACACUAUUCGAGGGUGAGCCAUACACCCUCUGGAAUGUCCGAGAUCUCGCUCGCCAUGCUGGCCUGCAAGUUGAGCGCAGUUUUCGCUUCCAGGCUCGCGCAUACCCCGGAUAUAAACAUGCACGAACGCUGGGCGUCGUUAGGAACUCGAAGGGUGAAGUGAGCGAAAGUGGAUGGAAGGGUGAGGAGAGGGCAUCGAGGAGUUUUGUGUUCAAAAGGAAAGAAGAUAUCGCUCCGGUGGUCGGAAAGAAGAGGCGGAAGGGUGACGAUUCAUCUGACGAUGAGGACUGA